AUGUUCGGGGUAAUUUGCUCAGGAAGACCAAUUCAACUAGCUAACCAAGUUGAAACGACCAAGUAUGUAAUAAACAUUACCAAUGCUUCUAAUAUCUCACACAUAGCAUUAUUUUUGUUACCUCAAACCGAAUUCACUGAUCCAAACUUCACAGGGUUGGUAUACAUACAACUACCAAACUCACCCGAUUUCAAAUUAUUGGGAGGAAUAAACCCCAACAAACCUUCAGCUAUAUAUAAACUAAACAAUAACAAUGCGAGCGCAAAGACCGGGGACCAGAUAGACGAUGUAGAAAUGAACAUUGAUAACGCUAACAUAAAUGGUGCUGGCGGUGCGGAUUUGAACUCGGUUAUCAAUAUUGGUAUAUCGAUUGAACCAACACCCCAGGCGGAACUAUUGAUACAGCAGGAGAAGGCUAAGCAACAGCAAUUACUGGCAGGCAACUCCAGCGCUCUAGUUCCGACACCUAAGCCUUCGAGCACCAAGUUCCAGCCUAGUGAUGUUGCUGUUUUAGCUAAUAGAAUUGUUACACAUGCCUACAAUUACCUAGGAAGUUUUAUAGAUAGCCAAGGGAAGGUGCCGAUGAAGGCAUUUGAUACAUGGUGGGAUAAAUUCAAGACAAAAUUACAAAACAACCCAGGUUUCCUUGAUGAGUUAUGA